GAGCUGUCGUUUCAUAGUUGAUAUUUCGGAAAGAGUUUUUGCAUCAACAAGCAAUGAACAUGCCAACACAAAAACUCAACAUGACAAUCAAGAGCGAUGCCAACAGAUAGUUGAAGUAGAUAUGGUUGAAGCUCAACCAUUAAAUGAAGAGGUGCAUCAAACAUUUGAUUCUAUUCAAGUAGAAGGACAAAGCAUUAUAGAGAUUGACAACGAACAAGCUUUGGGUAUUCAAGUCUUAGAGAGUGCACCGGUAAUCGAAGUAGUUGCUGACAAAACCUGCACUCAAAUAACUAAACGAAGAUCAAAUUUGAAACAAAAAGAAUCCCCAACUACGAUAUUAAGAGAAAAUGCUUCUUUGGAUCAAAUAAAAGUCGGAUCAGUAUUUGACAAGAAGAAGAGCAUAAUUAAUUGUUUUUCUAAUGUAGCAAUCAAAGGACAUUUUGAAUUCAAAGUUGUUAGAUCAAGCUCAACAAGAUAUUCGUUGACAUGCAAUGAUGAUAGGUGUCGUUGGUGUAUGCGUGCUUUCAGAAUUAAAGACUCAACAUUAUUCAAGAUAGUAAAGCUUGAGAAAAAGCAUGACUGCUCUGUUAACACUAGGAAAGCAGAUCAAAGGCAUGCUACUUCAAAGUUGAUUAGUGGUUACAUUAUCGAUAAUCUUCGGGACCCAAGAUUUGAAGUUACACCAGCUUUUGUCAUGGCAGAGAUGCAAAAAUUGCAUGGACUAGACAUUGGAUAUCACAAGGCGUGGCGUGCUAUUCAACAUGCUUCCGCUUUAAUAAGAGGAAGUCCCGAAGAAAAUUAUGAAUUAUUGUGUUCAUACUUGUAUAUGAUGACAAGUAAGAACCCGGGAACUUAUACUAACAUAAAGAUAGACGACAACACCAGGUUUCUUUAUAUGUUUUACGCAUAUGGAUCAUCGAUAGCUGGAAGCCGACAUGGAAAAAAGAUUUUGUCAACCUCAGUCCAUGCAAUUCCACAUCUACGGCUGUCCCCCCACACAUAUGGUGUCAGAAAUAACUGA